CCACCAAACUUGGGUAUAAAGAGCAAACGCGUGAAUGAAACAUUUUCUUUCUAAUCGCUAAACUCGCCAGAGCAUCAGCUAACCCCUUAUACCCUCCUGGGGUCACACGAGAAGACUUUCUUCAUAAAGAAACCGAGCGGCGUCUCUUACAGUAUUGAAGUCAUGUCUCCAGGACAGUACGACAUUCCAAUGGACCUCUGUGUGAAGACGAGAAGAAAGCUACGCUUAGAAGAGUUUCUGCGGCAGAACCUCGACCACGCCCCGGCAGGUCACGUCAUACAGUGGGUCAACCGCAACGAAGGUGUCUUCAGGAUACUGUGGACCCAUCAGAGUUCCGGGGCAUUUACGCAUGAUGACGCAGCGCUUUUCAGAUACUGGGCACUUGCAAGAGGGAAACCAGCCAAUUUGUCUUCCGUCGAAUUAAAGCAGAGUCUUCGCAUGGCACUCAACAAGUCCCCCUCGGUGCAGAGGGUGGCCGCCUCGCAGGACGAAUUCCGCUAUUUCAGAUUCACUGACUGGCAAAGCGAGGGUUUCAGCAGUCACGCGUUACAGAAUGAAAAAUUUCGAUCUCCAUAUUCGAACAGCGCCUCCAUGACACCGAUCCCUCAGGUUGUUUAUCCAAACUCUGACGGCGACAUUUACCAGAGAGGCCUGUCCUUCACAGAUUACUUUUCUGCGAUGAGCCGCUGCUCUUCCUCUUCGUCCGUGUCGUCCGUCGAGAGCUAUGCGUCGCACUCGAACUCUCCUCAUUCGCACGAAGCCAACUAUCGCCUUCAGAUCUUAGCAGACCACGGCAGUACCCUCCAGGAUCAUUCUCAUCAAAACCAAAAUUCGUUCUUGGAAAGUACGAGAGGGGACAGCAAUACAUGUCUCUGUGAGCAACAACGAGGUCUUCCGUAUAGCUACAUCUGAGGGCCAGCGAUGCAAAUUUUGUUUCGCCACACCGUCCAUCUUAUCUUAUCAAUAUUGCAUAAACUUCUUGGUGGGUUGUUGAAAGCUCGUUAACGCUAAAAUGACUCGAUUUCAUACAUUCAUAAAGUCCAAAGUUUUGACUAAGGUAGUAAUUUAUUUAUAAUUUAAUCUCUAUGCCUAAGACUUCGUAUGUAACUUGUUUUUUACUGUUAUUACACAGAUCCAUGCAAUUACACUAAGCCCAAAAAAGGUAUAUAAGUAACAUUUGUGAGGUUGACGAUGAAAUUAUAGUAGAAAUGUCAAGAUAACGGAUGGGAAUAUUGCGGAUGAUGAAUGGAAUAGUUUGUCCUCAGAAGUAACAUUUUGCCUACAUGAAGAUCGAAUCACUGAAGUCUAUUAACUUAAAAACGCAAGCAAAUAAAAAAUAAGGCAGUUAAUCUAAAAAAAAUCCUUGAUACUUCAGUGUUUAAUUUAUAAAUGGAAUUAAAUAUGUAAUGUAUUUUGCUGCUAGUUUUCAGUUAUGUUUGACGCGGAACAAAUAUAGUUAAACGUAAUUAAAUGUUGAAUAAAACGAGUAGUGUUUUUAUUUUUGGGUAUUGUUGUAAAGGUCUGUUAAGGUAAAUGUGAACUGCAUGGCAAACAAAAAUGAACAGAAAACUGGUCUUUAUUAGGAUCUUUUAAUAUGCAAAAUCACGUGCAAGCUUGUCUUUUCUUCUAAUUUCUGUUAUUUAGGUUUAGAAGAAAAAACAACAAUAGAUAUACAGAUGCGGCAACUGUAUUUCAAAGGAAUGGUUUGAUUUUUCAGUGUCAUUGUAUAAGUAACAACCUACUUGUCAUGUACUUUGUUAUUAGCUUCUAGGUAGGGACACUGAACAAAUACUUAAACAUUAUGGAAUGUCAAUAAAAAGCAAGCAAGAAUUUUUUAGGUGCUGUAAUAAAGGUCUUAUUUUAUGAACAUCUUGCCUAUUGAUUGCAUGGAAAAUAAAAAAAAUACAGAACAUAAAACUAACCUGUUUUUAUGAACUGAUAAACUUUUCCAGGCACCUUCCAGUGUCAAAACCGUCUUUGCUGUAAACUAAACUGCAAAUGAGCUUAAUAAAAUUUUAACAAA